AUAUUUAUUCGUGCUAAGAAAUCUUCCGUGCUGACUCCGCACUUUCCUUAUUUGUAAAAGUGGGCAGGGCGUGGACAUGUGCGAAAUUGGGGGUUGUUUAUUUUGCUAAAUGGCGGCUCAUUCGUAAUGCGGAUAGGAAUAGUGGGUGCUAGAAACGACGGUGAUUUUGUUGAAGGUGUUGACAAUUGUGGAUGAGAUGGAAAAUCCCGGGAGUGACGCUGGACAAGACCCUGGAGCACAGCACGAACAAUUUGGGUCGUUCCGUGGUGUUGGAGGAAUAGACGCUUACUGUGGAAAUUUACCUUCUUCCAGUGCUGCUUGUGUGCCGGGCCUUUUACGGCUUUCCCAGGCAACGUCUGCCAGUGGAGUUCCUGUGCCAACAUACAGUGAAAUGCACUCUGCUGACCCACUACAAAACAUUGGUGACGCUCAAGCUCAAUCUCUUCACCAGCACCAGCAUCAGCAUGGUUAUGAUCAACAUGGUGAGCUUCUCGGGAAAGCCCACCACGUGGCAUCUUUCUCAGAUGCGAGGCACAAUGAAAUGACAUCUGACGAAGAUGGCUCAAUGUCUGGAAAAUUUUCCUUACCUCAAGCACUGUCAUCUCCAUCACAAUCGGGACAGCCAGCCGCAGGGCUAUCUCCACAGACUGCAAAGAAAACAAAAGGACGUGUGAAGAUAAAGAUGGAGUAUAUUGACAAUAAACUAAGAAGAUACACAACAUUCUCCAAGAGGAAAACUGGGAUCAUGAAAAAGGCGUACGAGCUGUCCACUCUGACAGGCACCCAGGUGAUGCUGCUCGUGGCGUCCGAGACUGGCCACGUCUACACGUUUGCCACGCGCAAACUGCAGCCGAUGAUCACCUCUGAGGCGGGCAAGGCGCUCAUCCAGACGUGUCUCAACUCGCCGGACCCGGCCGGCGCGCCGCCGGGGCCCGGCGACCAACGCAUGUCGGCCACUGGCUUCGAGGAGACGGAGCUGUGCUGCGGCGCCGAGGACGAGCAGAAAGAGGAGGCUGACAGCGACUGUGACUCUUCCCCGGGAGGAGGAGCACCUGACCUGACGCAGGGAGGCACCGAUACGGAGGCCGAGCAUACCACCUGCGCCGCUACCGCCGCCCCCACGCCGUCCACCGCCGCGGAGCAUAUAGACUGGUCGUCGCCACUGCAGACCGCGUCCCACUCACAGUCCCUGCCGGAGGGUCUGGUACUGCUCAACAGCCCCACAUCCGUGAUACGCCGAGUGGCCAGCGAAAUCGCGGGCGAGCCGCCGUGCGCCUCGGAGCCGACCGACCUCUCCAAGUCGCGUGUCACGCUCAUAGGGACGCCGACGACGGGUCCGCCGGGCCGAGCGUGAGCCGCCGUACCACCCAGUGGGUAUCUUCGUUCGUCUUCCGGGGCCUGGUGUCGGACUGUGCGGCAGUCGGAGGAGGGGGGGGGGGGGGGAGGGUGCGUCAGUGGAGAGGUGGGGACAGUCACUGUCUGUCCCCCUCAGCUCUGCGUGCGUGCCAUGCCUCGAGAGCGCUGACGUCAUGUUUCUGGAAGCGGCGGCGCUGUUACGAAAUAUUAUGUCUCAUCGGGAGUUUCCCAGUGUGACCGCUCCCUUCCCCUCCCAGCAGAAUCCCGGGAAUCGUCCUGAACACAUUCCUGGGACAUUCCUGUGGUCGGUGAUCCUGUGUCGCCGCUUCCGCCUGGACUGACGGUCCUGCGCGGUGACCUCCCGGUGACCUGGGUCACUCGGACGGAGAGGAGGGAGCCCUGUACCUGGUACUUUGUCGACAAUAAUGCAGCUCUGAGGUAUGUUUUUGCACGACCAGAGUGACCUGAUUAUUGUGAGUGCCUGCUGUUACGGUUUGUCGUCUCAAGCGACGACUUGGUGCCAUAUCGCGGCAGAUGCUGCCAUGUUGACAGUUUUGGGACCAAUGCUGAGCGCUUUCGGAGGCCGUGAUACUGCCUGUCGGUGGAACCCAUCAUGGCUUUGUAUUCAGAUAACACCGCUUCAUAGUGCACCAUCUAACCACAUCUCAUUGACUAUAGGUCACCUCCCCCGUAUCUGGCUCAGCCUUUAGUCACGCUCACUUAUCAUCGUGUUGUUGUUAUAUAAGCAUACAUUAAACACUAUUUUUCUGGUUUUCUUUGUUCUGUGAGCUAAUACUACGUCACGUCCACUUACUCCACUUGCCUUUUAGAACGGUUAAUUAUUAUUCCAGUAUGUACUUAUGAAGUUUGCUCCGU